UGAGGAUCAUGUGACUACAAAGUGGAGAAAUUUGCCUCGCAAUAUUGAAGAGUCUGUUGAAGACAGUGAUGAUCCUAAUCAACUCUUAAUCUUCAAACCAGUUGGACGUCCGAUUGGGCGAAUGACAAAGAGAUACAUGGAUCCUAAAGAAUACAUGGCUGCGCAUAUGUAUAUUUUGAGCAAUUGUGCGGAGGUUGCAAACACAUAUAUCAAGAUCUUCGAGGACGAAAUGCGCUACGUAAAUCCUUCACUAACCGAAGCCGAGUUAGAGAGUGCUUUCGACAAGGAUUUUAUGUUGUGGUUUGGCCAUUAUGUGAUUCGCCCUUCUAACAAUGAUUUGAACCCGUAUAUCAAGUCGCUUGCAGCCGGGCCUUUAACUGAGAUUGAGACAUACUCGGGGUAUUUUGUGAAUGGCUAUAGAUUUCACACGACUGAUCUUGAUGGAGAGCGCGCAACUGUGAACAGUGGCGUGUGCAUAAAAGGCUCGGUCUAUGGUAGAGAUGUGCAAGACUUUUAUGGGCGUCUACAAGAGGUGUGUGUGCUGGAGUAUGGGGGGUAUCCAAUUAAGAAGACAGUCUUGUUCAAAUGUGAAUGGUUUGACUUGUCUGCUCGGGGAACUUCUAUUGAUACAUACUUCAAGUUGGUAUCAGUGAACCAGACAAGAAAAUAUCAGAAGUAUGAUCCAUUUGUUUUAGCGAGUCAGGCGGUUCAAGUGUUUUACUGUCCCUAUCCCAGUACGAACCAAGCAAAGAAAAACUGGUUGUCAGCAUGCAAAGUCAACGCAAGAUCAAAGGUUGAAGUCUCCACUGCCGCAUCUAACUCAACAUUAGAUCAACCGUUUCAAGAAGAGGUUGUUACUAUUACAUCUACCAACAGUACUGUGGACAUUGACCCACCAAUUCUUGUUCAUCCCCUCGGUGGAAUCGUUGACAUUGAAGAUGACGAUGACCCAGAAGACGACGACCAAUCGUUGACAUCUGAUGACGCCAGUAAUGAUGACGACGCCAGUAAUGAUGAUGACAGUAGUUGAGGUACCAUGUCUCAUCGUAGAGGAUUGUUGGGGUUUGGUAGUCGAUCUUCUAGGCCUGAGGCACAGUCCUCCUCAGGCUCUGGGCCGUAUAUUUCCGCUACUCCAGAGUCUGGUUCCCCUCCACAGAGCGCUGCUGCAUCUGGGUCUAGAAGGCCCAAAGGCAAAUCAGUGGCGCAGAUUAGGGCUGAGUGUGUUAGGCGCGACGGGAGGAUCCUCUUUCAGAGGAAUACUGUUGGUAAGUUGAUCGAGCCCCCGGGGAUCUCCACCUGCUGCACGAACUCGUUUAAGAGGAUUCCGAACCCAGGCGGGUACACGUGGAAGUUAACUCCGCCAACGGUGCAGGAGUUGUAUUUUGAGGAAUUCAAGAAAGAGUUUACUUGGGACCCUGAGGAUGAGGCUGAUGUGAAAAAAAUGUGGUUAGAAAAGGCCCGCAAAAGGUACAGUGACAACAUGAGCGAGUAUAAGAGACUGCUCAAGCAGAAGACCGAGGCAGGGGAGACGAUGGAGACACCGCUGGGCAUGUCCGACACCUUUUGGACGGGACUCAAGGCAUACUGGGAUCAAGAUGAGGUUAAGGCCGUUUCUAGGCGCGCACGUGAGAACCGAUACUCUGAGCCAGAUGGAGUUGGUACAGGGAUCAGUCGGCACGUUGGAGGGUCUCAGUCGAGUCGUAUUCUGCAGCAGAGUCUGCUCGUGGAUGGUGAAGUCCCCCCCAACUGCAUCUAACUACAGCACUUUCCUCCGCCUACACAUGUACGCAGAUGGAACUUUUGUGUCAGAAAAGGAUGCCAACCUUGAUGCGGAGAUUCAUCGUGUUGCUGCUGAGACAGGACGAGAGGACCGACUCGAUGAGGUCUACUUGGAGCUCGUACGUCCCGGUAGGUCACGACUGUACGGCACUGGAAGUGCUGGUGUGAGCCAGUUCAGUAGGGGGUCUACCAACAGUACAUGCUCUUCCCAGAUGUCUCAGCGGAUGUAUGAUACUCGGAUCUCCACACUGGAGGAGCGUCUCCAAAAGGCUGAGGAGGAUAGGGCGGCCCAGGAAGCAGCACGUGAGGCCGAACAAGCAGCACGUGAGGCCCUUGAGCAACGGAUGAGUCAGUUAGAGGAGAUACUGAGGCGGUCGGGUCAGCUACCUUGAGCAUGAUCACUUCUAUGUAUCUAUAUCAUGUUGAACUUUUUUUUUAUGUUAUGUUUCUGAAUAAACACAAUUACACUUGAACUUUGUUUAACAUUUGUGUUUUGUUGAACAAUUUAAUUGUUUUA